AAAAGUUAAAGCUCAAAUCGGCCAUAUGAGUCGAAGAAAUGAAGGCCCAAUUUAAGCCCAGUAAAAAGAUAGAAAUUUUAUCCUCCAAAGGAUCCAAAUAUCCAUGACACGAUUGCACGAACAACCCAGAAACUCAAACUGAGCUCUGCAAUACUUCGUCUUCGAAUCAAAGUGGACGUCUUUUAAAACGAAAGAGGUCAAUGUUGAAUGCAGUCUCUGCCCCUAACACUUGUAUUUUCUGUCCAAGAAUUCCUCAAUUUCCUCAAAAGCGUCUAGUUUCAACAAAACUUUGUGUGCGUGCUUCGUUGCCAGAUGAAAAUGGUAGAUUUAAGGUGGAGUACACACCUUGGUUGAUUGUCGGUUUGGGUAACCCUGGGAAUAAGUACCACGGAACCAGGCACAAUGUUGGUUUUGAAAUGAUUGAUCACAUUGCUCAAGCCCAAGGAGUACUGAUGAAUACAGUUCAAUCAAAGGCUUUAAUUGGAAUAGGUUCCAUUGGCGAAGUACCAAUUUUAUUGGCAAAACCUCAGGCAUACAUGAAUUUCAGUGGGGAAUCGGUUGGGCCACUUGCUGCUCAUUAUCAAGUACCCUUGCGUCAUAUUUUAGUGAUUUACGAUGAGAUGAGUCUGAUGAAUGGUGUUCUGCGACUCCAGCCAAAGGGAGGCCAUGGCCAUCACACUGGGAUGAAAAGUGUUAUGGGACAUUUGGAUGGUUGUCGUGACUUUCCCCGAUUGUGUAUAGGAAUUGGAAAUCCACCUGGUAAUAUGGACAUGAAAGCUUUUCUUCUACAGAAAUUCAGCUCCGUGGAGCAGAAACAGAUCGAUGCGGCGUUAGAACAAGGAGUUGAGGCAGUGAGGUCGUUGGUGCUCAACGGAUUCAGCAGCAACAUCACAAGAUUUAAUAUGGGGCAGAAGUACAAGUAUCACAAAGUAUGACCAAUGGGAUGCCAAAAGAUCAAUUUUCUUGUAGUUUCCCAUGUUACUUGUGUGAUGUAGAUGAUGUGUAACUAUUUAAUUGCUCUAGUGGCGCAUCAAAUGUUUUUUCUUUGAUAAAUUUUUUAAUUCA